UCGAGCAUUGUUAUCGAACGACUGAAGCGAGCAGCUGAGCAAGAUCAGGGCCACGCGCUCUGCUCCGAAAUGUUGUAUUGGUUCGACAGAUGAUCGCGUAAAGAGAGAAAACCGAGAGAAGACGGGAGGAGGAUCUUUCAAGGAAAGGAUAAAAUUUCCAACGGUUUCCAAAAAUACUCGGGUCUGUUUAUUCCUGAAGCGGUAUAAAAGAUGCCGAAAAAGUUCGUUGGGGAGAACAGCAAGGCUGUGGCAGCCAGGGCGCGAAAAGCGGCAGUAAAGGAAGCCGAGGCCUCGAAGAAGGUCCAGGAGGCCGAAGACAAGGCGUGGCAGGACGACGAUAAGCAGUUACAGAAGAAGAAGCAGAAACAGGAAGAAAUGGAAAAGAAGCGGCUGCAGCAGUUGGAGAAAAAAGCCGAGGCGAAGGCGCUCCUCGAAAAGGAAAUGUCCAGCAUUAAGGUGGGCGGAAAACAGCCAGCGGCGAAGUUGACGCGGGCGGAAAUUCAGGCGGAAACUGAGAGGCGGAACCAGGUCGCCCAGAAGAAGAAGACCGAAGAGGAGGAGAGACCGAUAGAGGAAAACAUCAAUCGAAUCGUUCUCGAGGGCGAAACGGCCCACGGAAUAGACGAGGCGCUAUCAGUUCUCAGCACGAAGGAAUCUGAGGUCGAUCGGCACCCUGAAAAACGGCUGAAGGCUGCUUACACCGCGUUCGAGGAGCGAAUGAUGCCGCUGAUCAAAGAGCAGAAUCCGACACUGCGGCUCAGCCAGCUGAAGCAGAUAUUAAGGAAGGAGUGGAUGAAGUCGCCGGACAACCCGCUCAACCAGAGAAUUCAAAAUCGCUGAGUCGAUAUCGUGGUUGAAACGAUUUGUCGAGGGAAGGGUGCGGGCGAAAGUAUUUUAGCUGGUAACGCGGAUUGGCGAGACCGUUUCGUGUUUGACCUCCUAUAACGCGAUCUAUGUACCUGCACGUCGAUACGCAGAAUUGUCACUGGUAAAUGAAAAAAGUGCAAAACAAACACAAACGGAGAGACGUUCUUGUUGUGUAAAUCGA